CCGGGCACAUUUAACGGUACGCGGCCCGGCGACAGUAAACGCUCAUUGGUCGUUCAGCUCAGCGGCUGUUUACACUUUCUCUCCCCCAUGCGUGUGUCGAGUCCACCUGAGUGCUGCAGGUGUUCAGACCGACCUCACCUGGUUCAUCGUGUACCUGUUUCCUCAUAGUGUUCUUGCUUGUUGUUGUUGAUGUGAGAGAUGCCUCGAGCUGGUCUGAGCUGUCCGGGCUGCGGCUCCUCCAACAUCGUGGAUGAUGACCUGUACUGCCAGGUCCAGCUGGUGUGUGUGGACUGCGGCUCCGUGGUGUCAGAAGGACAUCUGGCCGAUGACCCCGUCCACGUCGGAGGUUCAGAAGUCAGCUACAGCCGAUCCACCGCUGUCAAAAAGCCGUGUAUGAACCUGAUAAACGGUCUGCAGCGUUUGAAAGCCAUGUGUCGGAUUCUCCGGGUCAACCGCGAGAUCGAGGACCUCGCGCAGACUUAUUACAACAAGGCCUACGUGCACGAGAGUUUCAUCAGAGUGAGCCUGCAGAAGAAGGAGGUUCUCGCCGGUUGCUGCGUGCUCGUGAGCUGCAGACUGCUCAACUGGCCCAUAACCAUGGGAACCAUCGGCUGCCUGUUGGAAGCCGACCCCGGAGCGGUUUACAAAGAGUUGGUGAAGAUUCUUAAAAUUGAAGCUCCGCUUGUCAGCGUCACAGAUGUGCUGGAGUCCCACAGUCAAGAGUACAAAAUUAGCUCACUUCACGUUCCUGAAGAACUGGCUGAGAACGCCAAGGACUUGACCAAACGUGCCGUGGCGCUGGUGGAGCUGGCAGCAGACACGUGGAUUGUGACCGGCCGCAGACCCGUCCCCAUCAUGAUGGCAGCGAUCUAUCUCUCCUGGCAGUCCUUGAAACCCACCAAGCACCGCCUGAAAUUCUCUCUGGACAAAUUCUGUCAGAUGGCCAAAGUGAAAAAGCACAAGCCUGCUAUGAAGAGGAUAACUGAGAUGAAGGAGGUGCUGUGUAAGCUGGGGAAGGAGAUUCCCUGGGUCGGGGAAACGGUGACGCCAGACAAUGUCGUUCGGCAGGUGGAGGAUAUUCUACAGCACAGGUACGCCCUGCUGAGGAGGGCUCUCGGGACCCACGAGGACACUCUACUGGCAGACUCUCAGGCCAGCUGCGAGGACUCUCUAAAUGAGGAGACGGCUCCUUCCCAAAUCUCCGAGCCUGCAGAGCAGAAUUCAAAUGCAUCCUCUGUGGAACAAUGUGAACUAAAUGCUGAAAGGGCUCAACGACCAGGAGAUGGAGACCAUAAUCCAUGCACGGUGCCUGACCUGCACAGUGACACUGACGAGGGCCAAGAUCCAGCACCGAACUGGGGGAAGAGAGUGCUGUUUGCUCCCCCAUGUGUGAUUCAUGCAAAGAGAAGGAGAGUGGAGCAGCCAGAGCUCAAGGAUGUAACCGGUGAUGAGGAAAUCUCUGACAGUGAAAUUGACUCAUACAUCCGCACUCCUCGGGAAGCUCGAGAGUUUGCUCUCACACAGGAGAUGUUAUCUUCAGUGUGAGGAAUCGUUACCACCGCUACGCCUCAAGACCUGACUAUUCUGAUAAGGAUGCAGGUAUUUCAAUGUCCAUAAGAUUUAGUUCAUGAUAAGAGAUGCUACAGCUCUUUAUUUAUGUAGUUUUAUCCAGUAACAGAUUGCAUCUGUUUUGUUUUUGCUGCUUAUACUUAGUUCACUUUCAAAUAAAGUUUUGUUGAAGCGAUUAAAAAACACCA